AAUUCUUACGAAAAAUUCAUAGACAAUAACAACAACUUUAACAAGAAUUAUAAUUACGACAAAAAUUUCGAUAAGAAUUAUGAGAAAAAUUUUGAUAAGAAUGACGACCAGAAUAUCAACAAAAAUUAUGACAAAACUUACGAUAAGAAUUUCAAAGACCCGCCGGAAGAGACAACUAGUGAUUACGUACCCGCAGUUACCGACGGUAAACCCAUGGAGUUUAAAGUGAUUGGCCGUAAGAUUAAGCUCAAGUACUUUGAGAUUAAAGGCAAGUAUAGGGGAAACGGUGACAAUAAAUGGCUACAAAAGCUUCAGGAAAAGUUGAAUCGCUGGAAACGGAGUCCGCAAAGUGGGAAUUCAGGUCAGGAUAACUCCAUGUUAGGACAGGCGCAGAAAGUAUGGGAUCAGACUAAGAGUCGUAUCAAACUGGCCAGUGAUAUGGCCACCAAUACCAUUAAGGGGGAAAGCGUACGAUUCCGGGCCGAUGUCAACACUACUAGGAGUGUAUAUUUUCAGCCCAUAUCACUCGAGCCCUACAUAUUCUCUAAUAAGCUAGUGUUGAAACGACCGCCGGUUUCGCGGCAAGAUUUUAGGCAACAAUUGUCCGCCGGUUUGCCGGACAUUAUACUCACGCCAUGGAUCGCAUCCGAAAUUAUCCCAUACUUGGAU